AGCCACUGGCAGGGGUGAUAAAGGGCUGGGCGGGCGGGCUGGGCCUGGCUGGCUGGAGGUGACGGGGCAGCUCGGAGGAGCAGCAUCACAGAGCAACGACAGAGCCACCACAGGCAAUAUGGCGGAGGCAGAAGCGGUGAAGCUGAAGGAGGAGGGGAACCAGCACUUCCAGCUCCAGGACUACAAGGCGGCGACAAAGAGCUACAGCCAGGCCCUGAAGCUGACCAAGGACAAGGCCCUGCUGGCCACGCUCUACCGCAACCGGGCAGCCUGUGGCUUGAAAACGGAGAGCUACGUCCAGGCCGCGGCAGACGCCUCCCGAGCCAUCGACAUCAACUCCUCGGACAUCAAGGCUCUGUACCGGCGAUGCCAGGCGCUGGAGCACCUGGGGAAGCUGGACCAGGCCUUCAAGGACGUUCAGCGCUGUGCCACCCUCGAGCCACGGAACCAGAACUUUCAGGAGACGCUGAGAAGACUCAACGGCAGCAUUCAGGAGAAGCUCCGCGUGCAGUUCUCCACCGACUCCAGGGUACAGACCAUGUUUGAGAUCCUCUUGGACGAAAACAGCGAGGCUGAUAAGCGGGAAAAGGCCGCCAACAACCUCAUUGUCCUAGGCCGUGAGGAAGCCGGAGCUGAAAGAAUCUUCCAGAACAACGGAGUGGCCCUGCUGCUGCAGCUCCUGGAUACUAAGAAACCAGAGCUGGUGCUGGCUGCAGUGCGGACCCUGUCGGGCAUGUGCAGUGGCCACCGAGCCAGGGCCACGGCGAUUUUGCACUCAGUCCGCAUAGACCGCAUCUGUAGCCUCAUGUCUGUGGAAAACGAGGAGAUGUCCCUGGCCGUCUGCAACCUGCUGCAGGCUGUCAUCGACUCCCUUUCUGGGGAGGACAAGCGAGAGCACCGUGGGAAGGAGGAGGCCCUGGUUCUAGACACCAAGAAGGACCUGAAGCAGAUCACCAGCCACCUGCUGGACAUGCUGGUCAAUAAGAAGGUGUCUGGCCAGGGCAGGGACCAGGCGCUGAACCUGCUCAAUAAGAACGUCCCCAGGAAGGACCUGGCCAUUCACGACAACUCACGCACCAUCUACGUGGUGGACAACGGCCUCAGGAAGAUCCUGAAGGUCGUGGGGCAGGUUCCCGACCUGCCGUCCUGCCUGCCCCUGACGGAAAACACCCGCAUGCUGGCCUCCAUCCUCAUCAACAAGCUCUACGAUGACCUGCGCUGCGACCCAGAGCGGGAGCACUUCCGCAAGAUCUGCGAAGAGUACAUCACGGGCAAGUUUGAUCCCCAGGACAUGGACAAGAAUGUGAAUGCCAUUCAGACGGUGUCUGGGAUCCUGCAGGGCCCCUUCGACCUGGGCAACCAGCUCCUGGGACUGAAAGGUGUGAUGGAGAUGAUGGUGGCGCUCUGCGGCUCGGAGCGCGAGGCAGACCAGCUGGUGGCCGUGGAGGCCCUCAUCCACGCCUCCACCAAGCUCAGCCGCGCCACCUUCAUCAUCACCAACGGGGUGACGCUGCUCAAGGAGAUCUACAAGACCACCAAAAACGAGAAGAUCAAGAUCCGCACGCUGGUGGGACUCUGUAAGCUUGGCUCUGCAGGCGGCACAGACUACGGCCUCAGGCAGUUUGCUGAAGGCUCUACAGAGAAGCUGGCUAAGCAGUGUCGCAAGUGGCUAUGCAACGCCUCCAUAGACACGCGCACCCGGCGCUGGGCCGUGGAGGGCCUGGCCUACCUCACCCUGGACGCCGAUGUGAAGGACGACUUCGUGCAGGACAUCCCUGCCCUGCAGGCCAUGUUUGAGCUGGCCAAGACCAGUGACAAGACCAUCCUGUACUCGGUGGCCACCACGCUGGUGAACUGCACCAACAGCUACGACGUCAAGGAGGUCAUCCCGGAGCUCGUGCAGCUCGCCAAGUUCUCCAAGCAGCACGUGCCCGAGGAGCACCCCAAGGACAAGAAGGACUUCAUAGACAUGCGGGUGAAGCGGCUUCUGAAGGCGGGCGUCAUCUCCGCGCUGGCCUGCAUGGUGAAAGCUGACAGCGCCAUCCUCACCGACCAGACCAAGGAGCUGCUGGCCAGGGUAUUCUUAGCACUGUGUGACAACCCGAAGGACCGAGGGACUAUCGUGGCUCAAGGUGGUGGCAAGGCCCUGAUCCCCCUGGCUUUGGAAGGCACAGACGUGGGCAAGGUGAAGGCAGCCCACGCCCUGGCAAAGAUCGCCGCCGUCUCCAACCCGGAUAUUGCCUUCCCUGGGGAGCGGGUAUAUGAGGUGGUGCGGCCGCUCGUGAGCCUCCUGGACACGCAGAGGGAUGGGCUGCAGAACUACGAGGCUCUCCUGGGCCUUACCAACCUGUCUGGGCGGAGCGACAAGCUGCGGCAGAAGAUCUUUCAGGAGAGGGCCUUGCCAGACAUCGAGAACUACAUGUUUGAGAAUCAUGACCAGCUGCGGCAGGCGGCCACCGAGUGCAUGUGCAACAUGGUGGUCAACAAGGAGGUUCAAGAGAGGUUCCUGGCAGAUGGGAAUGACCGGCUGAAGCUGGUGGUGCUGCUCUGUGGGGAGGAUGAUGACAAGGUGCAGAACGCAGCAGCAGGGGCCCUGGCCAUGCUGACGGCAGCGCAUAAGAAGCUGUGCCUCAAGAUGACCCAAGUGACAUCGCAGUGGUUGGAGAUCCUACAGCGGCUUUGCCUGCAUGACCGGCUGUCUGUCCAACACCGGGGCCUGGUCAUCGCCUACAACCUGCUGGCGGCUGAUGCAGAGCUGGCCAAGAAGCUGGUGGAGAGCGAGCUGCUAGAGAUCCUGACUGUGGUGGGGAAACAGGAGCCCGAUGAGAAGAGGGCGGCAGUGGUCCAGACCGCCCGGGAAUGUCUCAUCAAGUGCAUGGAUUAUGGCUUCAUCAAACCAGUGUCUUAGACAGGGGCCCACGGAGGGGGCUGGUGCAGUUCUGUGCCACGUCCUGAGCUGGGUGCUUCUGCAGUGUCAGUUCACUUAGGGAUCGUAGCAGUGGCAGUCUCAGUAUGGAGGAGACUUGAUUGUCCCCUGUGUUGUGCAUCUUCCCCCCUGUCCUGGGAAAGUUUGAAUGUUUCACCAACUCUCUGCCCCCUGUCUCCUUAUAUUUGCCAUGUUCCAGAAAUUCCUAGAAUAAUGUGAUCUGUGAUUAGAAGGUAGUUUGGAUAAUUCUUCCUGUACCCAUUCUGAAGGCCAGGAUAAUGGGCUGAAGUUCUCUAUGUUUUGCAAAGUGGAUGUAUAGUCAGGUAGGAACUAACAGGUGUGUGACCAUACAGGUUAAUGCUGUUGUCUUUGGAUGCUGAUCUGUGCUGGUUUCCACAUCUGUGCUUUUCCAAACUCUUGGAAUCUGGCAGUUCAGAACUGCGUGUUUCUUCAGUGCCCUGUUCCAGGCUUUAUGGAUUUGGUUUAGUAGAGGAGACCUAAAAUAAUUACUUAGAUAUUUAAUUAGAGUUGUUAUAAGGACUAUUAAUGAAAGGCACAUUAAUCUAUGAAUGAGACUGUCUUAUAAUAGGGUCCUAGUCCAGUUUGAGGGUUGGGGAUAAUGGAGAUGAGGAAGAGUAGGGAAAGGAAUAAGUGUAGCAAAAGCAAAAGCUAAGUUCCAUGUUCUUUUUUUUUUUUUUUUUUUUGGACAGGCAGAGUGGACAGUGAGAGAGAGAGAGACAAAGAGAAAGGUCUUCCUUUGCCGUUGGUUCACCCUCCAAUGGCCGCCGCGGCCAGCGCGCUGUGGCCGGCGCACCGCGCUGAUCCGAUGGCAGGAGCCAGGAGCCAGGUGCUUUUCCUGGUUUCCCAUGGGGUGCAGGGCCCAAGCACCUGGGCCAUCCUCCACUGCACUCCCUGGCCACAGCAGAGGGCUGGCCUGGAAGAGGGGCAACCGGGACAGAAUCCGGCGCCCCGACCGGGACUAGAACCCGGUGUGCCGGCGCCGCUAGGCGGAGGAUUAGCCUAGUGAGCCGCGGCGCCGGCCCUAAAUUCCAUGUUCUUGCAGAACCACAGGCAAAGUGCUAUUGAGACUUAGAGGAGGGAGAAUCACACUAACAGAGAGGUGUGUUCAAGGCUCAGAGGAACUGUUCUUCAUUGGUGCGUCUCCGGGCAUGCGGAAGACAGUGAUCCAGGCCAGGAAGGGGCUGCAUUUGCCCAAGGUCUUCUGAAUUCUCCAGUCACCACUUAGGAGCUCAUUAGAAAGGCAGACUCUCAGAGCCAGUACCCAAACUACUGAAUGAGGACCACAUUUUUAGCAAGAUUCUACAGUGAUUCAUACAGACCUUAUGGGUACUGAAAUAAAUGAAGACAUCAUGUCAGAGCACAGAAGUACAUUCUGCACCUCCACCAACGCGAGGAAAUUCUGUAGUUGAGCACUAAGCCAUGGGAGUUGUUGCUUGAUUUUUAACAGGAAAAGCACACACAGAAAAUGCAUUGAGUAGGUAAAGUCAGUCUGUUCAGUGGACUGGGGAGGAUAGUGGCUCACUUUUAUUAUUUAUUUAUUUGUUGGUUUUUAAAAAAGAUUCAUUUAUUUAUUUGAAAGGCAAAGUUACAGAGAGGCAGAGGCAGAGAGAAAGAGAGAGAGAAGUCUUCCAUCUUCUGGUUUACUCCCCAGAUAACCACAAUGGCCAGAGCUGCACCAAUCUGAAGCCAGGAGCCAGGAGCUUAUUCUGGGUCUCCCACAUGGGUGCAGGGGCUCAAGGGCUUGGGCCAUCCUCUGCUGCUUUCCCGGGCCACAGAAUCCAGCAGAGAGCUGGAUUGGAAAUGGCUCACUCAGGUCUGGAACCUUUGCCCACAUGGGAUGCCAGCAAUGCAGGUAGUGGCUUUACCCACUACGCCACAGCACUAGCCCCUAUUUGUUGGUUUUCAAGUUAAUACAUUUUAUAUUUUAGAGAGAUUUAUAUUUUAGAGAUUUAAGAUCCACAACAAACUAGAACAGAAAGUUCAGAGUUUCAUGUCUCCUCUGUUCCCACACAUACAGGCCUUCCUCCAUUAUUGAUAUCUGGCCCAAUAAGAAUAUACUUGUAACUAUCAAUGAACCAACACAGCCUCAUCAUUCAAAGUCCAGAGUUUACAUUAGGGUCCCUCUCGGUGUCCAUUCUGUAGGUCUGUGCAAAUGUAGGACGACGCGUGUCCACCAUCGUGGUGUCACACAGAGCAGUUUUGCUGUCCUAAGAACCCUCUGAGUGUGAUGCCACCCACAUCAUUGCUUGGUCUUGGAUAGGCCUGACACGUGUAGGAAAGGCAUUGGUUAGAUAAAUUCAGUUUCCCUUCGAGAGAGAACUUGAAAACUUCCUCCAUUUUUUUUAAUUUUUUUUUAUUUUUAUUUUUGACAGGCAGAGUGGACAGUGAGAGAGAGAGACAGAGAGAAAGGUCUUCCUUUGCCGUUGGUUCACCCUCCAAUGGCCGCCGCGGCGGGCGCACUGCAGCCGGCACACCGCGCUGAUCCGAUGGCAGGAGCCAGGAGCCAGGAGCCAGGUGCUUUUCCUGGUCUCCCAUGGGGUGCAGGGUCCAAGGACUUGGGCCAUCCUCCACUGCACUCCCUGGCCACAGCAGAGAGCUGGCCUGGAAGAGGGGCAACCGGGACAGAAUCCGGCGCCCCGACCGGGACUAGAACCCGGUGUGCCGGCGCCGCAAGGUGGAGGAUUAGCCUAGUGAGCCGCGGCGCCGGCCUCUUCCUCCAUUUUUUAAGUCUGUGCUUUAUUUUCAUUUUUGAACCUCAGACUAAAAGGAAGCGUGUGGGGCUGGCUUUGUGGAGCAACGUGGUUAAGUCUCUGCCUGAGAUGCUGGCAUCACAUAUGAGCACCAAUUCCAGUCCUGGCUGCCCCAUUUCCAAUCCUUCUCUCCUCUAAUGUGCUUAGGAAAGCAGCAAAAAAUAACCUAAGUCCUUGGGCCCCUGCCACUGAUGUGGGAGACCUGGAUGGAGUUCCUGGCUUCUGGCUUUGACCUGGCUCAGCCAUGGCCUUUAUGGCCAUAUGGGGAGUCAACCAUUAAAUGGACAAUCUCUCUCUGUGUAACUCUGCCUUUCAAAUAAAUAAAAUGAAUCUUAAAAAAGGGAAGUACAUGCACACAAAACAGCCAGAGGGCCAAGGAAAGGAGACUGCCUUUCCAAUCUGACUCUCGGGUUAAGCAUGGUUCCUUUCAUUCAUAGAUUCACAGCCUCGGAAUUAUUGUCUUCUUCCUGAAGUAGUUCAUAAAAUAAAACCUCAGCUUUGGCUUUAUGAAACUCAUUUUUAAAAUGUGUAUUUUACUGCUGAGUAAAUAUCUUCAUACUUGAUAUAAGUGGAAGUGUCUUAUAAAGCAUUUUUAUGAAUGUUCACAUGUAUUUUAGCUGUGUUUCUAUUUUUAUUUUACUAAAAAGAGUUUCUUAACAUUUGAUUCUGAAUUCAAAGUAAAAAGGCCACUAACACCCGUGAGUCCCUACUGUA